CAGUACCUCUCUCCACCCAGAGGGGGCAGUCCACCAUUUUCCCUCAGAGAACCAUGGCAUCAGACUUGGAGGGGCUGACUCUCAUCCCAACCGAUUCACACUUGGCUGCAAACCGCCCCAGUGAGUGCUGGAGGUCCUGGUCUGAUGAAGCAAAAAAGAACCACAUCAUCUGCAAAAAGCAGAGAUGCAAUUCUAAGGUCACCAAACCAGAUCCCUUCCUCCCACUGGCUGCAUCUUAAGAUCCUGUCCAUGAAGACCACAAACAGAGUCAGAGACAAGGGACAUCAUUUCACUUCAACUGGGUCCAUACAAUCUAAAUUUACAGACAUGCCAAAAAUGCCACAUGUGGUUUUGUUUUAUGUUAGCCAUCUUUGUGUUCACUGUGCAUUUAUGCAAGCUAUUAUUUUAACACUGCUUAAAGUUAGAACUGGAGACGUAUUGUCUUAUAUUAGAUUCAGCAGACUCUGAAUCAUUCUCAUGGUCAAAGUAUGUUCUUCUGUGCUCACGUACUUUAACACAAACACUGCCAGCUGUCUCUGUGCCUUAACAUUCAGAUAUUUUAAGCAAGGCUGGAUUUUAGGGUUGGUUUAAUGCUACAAAAUGCCACUAAAUAAUAUUGAUGUUAUUCUGUGUUUCAUCUGCAGCUGAAACUGGGUGUUGCUGAUGAUGGACCGCCAAGGGAUUGAGAACCUGGACCUUAAUCAGACCAACCUGGAAUGGCAGACCUUCAAUGGCUCUUUACCAAACGGAGCAGUUUCAAUCUACAAUGACUACUAUAAACGCACCGACUACGUUAGCAAAUACGGGAUUGAGGCCGGCUUCUACAACCCUAGCAUGGGUCCUUACUGCCACUACCCAUACGCAGGAGAGGAGAGGAGAGGUUACCCAUUUGAGAUCCUGGUGAACAAAGACAACUUUGAGUUUUUGGAAUGGAAGGACGGCUCCUAUGGUUCAGUACCUCAGAAUUCAGUCUCCACCCCCCCGCUCGGAGACAAAUAUGUUGCGAAGAACAAGUAUGGUCUUGGAAAGGUGCAUGUUGAACAUAAGGCCUUCUUCCUUCCCUAUGAAGGGAAGGAGACUUGGUACAAGAACUACCAGGUCCUGACCAUCAACAGAGAUAUAAUCAGUGAGGACAUUUCUGAUGUCAGGUAUAACACUAAUGGGGUUCAAGUCACUCUGGAUCCUCCAGAGACCAUGAACUCGUCUAUCGUCACUAACAAUGGCUGCCAGGAAGUGACACAGACAACUACCAUUGAAAAGACAAUCCAGGUGGAGCAUGGGUGGGACACCAGCUUUUCCUUCACGGUGGGGGCCACGACUAAAUUCACUGUAGGAAUCCCUUUAAUCAGCUCUACAGAUAUUGAGAUUGGCAUAGAGGCAACCCGCCAGUUUACCCAUGGGACCACCCAUACCGAGUGGACCACCUACAUUGUUUCUGUUGAGCACACAGUUCCCCCAAACCACUCCUGCACUGUCACUAUGGUGGGACGAAAGCACAAAGUAGAAAUCCCUUUCACUGCACGUCUCUGCCGAACCUACAGAAACGGGAUGACCGCAUGGACAUCCAUCUCUGGGACCUACAGAGGCGUCCAAAUGGGACAACUCCAGGCUGAUGUGGGUCGCUGUGAACUUCUACCUGAUUCUGGCCAAAGCCGAACUACAAAGUCAAAGAAUAAGCCUUGAGCUGAAAUAUUUAAGAUAUCCAGCAGGUGGCAGGGAAGGAUCACCGUUUGGUCACCACACAUUGUAAGACAACAUGCUGGUUUAACUUGAGUUAUGAUAUUUGUGUUUCUAGAGGAGCUAAAAGUUAAACUAAAAUUCAUUUUUGCUAAGAAGUCAUAUAUUUUAUAUAUGUUGUUUGGAAAGAUGGGAUGUUUUUUAGAAGCAUGACGCCCAAGUUUAUACUCAUGUCCACACCUGCACCUGAAGUUUUUAAAUGUAAUUUAUUUAGUUUUAUAACAGACUAAAAACAAAUAAUACUUACUUUGAUGUUUUACUGUUAUUUUAAUGGCUUUGUCAUAAACUCAAUUUUUUUCUGUAAGUUUAUUUUGAAAGGUGCUUUACAAAUAAAGACUUAUUUUUCUUUUGGUCGUUAUUCCUAUUUAUUUCCUAAGGUAUUUGUAAGAAAUUAUUACUUUGUAACUAAAUUCAUUAUUGUUAUUAUUAUUAUUAUUAUUAUUUAGUUAUUUUUUAAUUAUUAUUGUUACAUUUUUAUGAGGAGUUGAAGGAGAUUGAGCACUUGGACCUCCUAGCAGUAAGUUGUGACUAAAAUAAAUAAAGUCCAUUAUCAUUAAUAUAACUAUUGUUUCUAUUUCACCCACUGUGGUGGUAAUAUUCCUAGAACAGCAUCACUGCAUUAUUAUUACAAUACUAUAAUUAUGAUAUGGAUUGAUUUAUUAUUAUCGUUAUUCU